AUGGCACAUCCAGGACGCCUGGCAUCACUCUCCUUGCUCAUUAGUAGCUUGCUGCUGCUAUUUCUAUUCCCAUCCACUGCCAACGCCACUGCAUUGACGUACAAUGUUCACGCUAACGAGAAAGCCUGCUUUUACUUGUGGUCUGAUGUCCCUGGCAAGAAGGUCGGAUUCUACUUUGCUGUACAAUCGGGUGGUUCAUUUGAUAUCGAUUUCACCGUGCAGGAUCCACGAGAAAAGAUGAUCUUGGAGGGACAAAAGGAGCGUCAAGGCGACUAUGUGUUUACGGCCAACUAUGUAGGCGAAUACGCGUUCUGUUUCUCGAAUGACAUGUCUACGUUUGCUGAAAAGUUGGUGGACUUUGAGAUUACAUUGGAGUAUGAAGUGCGUCCCAACUAUCAAAAAGAAUCCUCCCAGCAACCCGAAUCGCUUAGCAAGAUGGAUGAAUCGCUCUUCCGUAUCUCUGGUUCACUCACCAACAUUGCUCGCACUCAAAAGUAUUUCCGCACAAGAGAGAAUCGCAAUUCCAGCACCGUUGCAUCUACCGAAAGCCGCAUCUUUUGGUUCGCUUUGCUCUCCAGCACAGCUAUCGUCGUCAUGGCUGGCCUUCAAGUAUUUGUUGUCAGGAGUUUCUUCAAUGUCAAGAAGGGUGGUGUAUAA